AUGCAGCGAAAAUCGGGCUUCCCCGUGGCCAAUUGCAACAUUAAAAUGCCAGAUGCAACCUCAACAGAAUCUGUGGCAUUUGAGGAAGAGUGGGAGCCAGUGCAGAGGAGGCAACAGCUGAUCAAUUUCGGUCAUUCCCAGUGGGGAUUCAACAACUGGAGCUGGUCUGUCAGCAAACAGGAACUUGACUUUGUUGACUUGGUGGGAGGCAAGUACACUGUGGGAGUUGCAGCAUUUGUAUCAGUUUCGGUUAAGAGCUUUGAUAUCCACCGCGAGAAUGUUGGGUAUGCUACAGCGCUGGCACCAAACAAAGGCUCGGCGAUUCAUCGAGCUAGAAAGUGCGCCGUGACGAAUGCGCUCCGCGAGACUCUGCUCAGCUUCGGCGGCGGCGUCGCCAGCGAGCUGAUGGAGCAGCUCGAGGCGGGCCGGGGCGAGGUGGCGAACGCGCCGCCGGCCGACGCGCACACGGAGAACAACCCCAACGUCGCGAACAUCGGCGGCAGGCUGGAGCCCAGGAACAGCCCGCUCGGCAAGGGCCCGAGGAAGGAGUGCGCGGCCGCCCCCGCCAAGGCCGCCCCGGCCCCCGCCCCGGCCCCCGCCCCCGCCCCCGUCCCCGCGGCCGCCCCGCCGGUGGCGAAGGCGCACCCGAUGCCGGCCAACCUGCCGCCGGCGGCGAACCGUCUACCGCGGCCGCCUCCGCCGCCGCCGCAGGCCCCGCUGCGCCCCAACUCGAGCGUAAGUUUUGUGCUGCCCGUGAUGGGGGGCGUGGUGCCGCCGCUGUACGCGCCGCCGCAGCGGCUGGGCGCGCCGCACCACGUGGCGCCGCCGCCGCACCUGUUCCCCAACGCGUACUACGAGUACGCGGCGGGCCCGUGGCACUUCGCGUACGAGAGCUUCGACCGGCACCACGGCAACGUGAACCUCAACUUCGGCGCGCCGCCCAAGAACCUGGUGGUGAACUCGCGGCCGGGCGAGUGCAGGAGCGCGUGCGCGCGGCCCGCAGACUGCCGCGGCGAGGCGCCGUGCGGCCCGCAGGGCCAGGGCUGCUGGAUCAAGCCCACCAUCUUCUACGACGGCUUCUGGACGGAGCAGAAGGUGAAGAAGUGGGUCGCCGAGCAGGUGGAGAAGCAGUUCCCGGAGGACCCGCUCAAGGCCAGCUCGCCGAGCGCCGCCCAGGACGCCGCCUCCAAGUCA